AUGUUCCUGGCUGUUUUGUAUUGCCUUCUGUGGAGCUUCCAGAUCUCUUCUGCCCACUUCCCUCGAACUUGUGCCUCCGUGAAGAACUUGAUGGCAAAAGAAUGCUGUCCACCAUGGACGGGUGAUGGGAGUCCCUGCGGCCAGCUUUCAGGCAGAGGUUCUUGCCAGGACAUCCUUCUGUCCAGUGCACCCUCUGGACCUCAAUUUCCCUUCAAAGGGGUGGAUGAUCGUGAGUCCUGGCCCUCUGUGUUUUAUAAUAGAACCUGUCAGUGCUCUGGCAACUUCAUGGGAUUCAACUGCGGAAACUGUAAGUUUGGAUUUGGGGGAUCAAAUUGCACAGAGAAGCGACUCUUAAUUAGAAGAAACAUCUUUGAUUUGACUGUCCCAGAAAAGAAUAAGUUCUUUGCUUACCUAAAUUUAGCAAAACAUACUAUCAGCCCAGUCUAUGUCAUCCCCACAGGCACAUAUGGCCAAAUGAACAAUGGAUCAAUACCCAUGUUUAGUAAUAUAAGCGUCUAUGACCUCUUUGUAUGGAUGCAUUACUAUGUGUCAAGAGACACCCUGCUUGGAGGUUCUGAAAUCUGGAGGGACAUUGAUUUUGCCCAUGAAGCACCAGGGUUUCUGCCUUGGCACAGACUUUUCUUGCUAUUGUGGGAACAAGAAAUACAAGAGCUAACAGGAGAUGAGAACUUCACCAUUCCAUACUGGGAUUGGCGGGAUGCCGAAAACUGUGACAUUUGUACAGAUGAGUACUUGGGAGGUCGCCACCCUGAAAACCCUAAUCUACUUAGCCCAGCAUCCUUCUUCUCCUCCUGGCAGAUCAUCUGCAGCAGAUCAGAAGACUACAAUAGCCGUCAGACUUUAUGCGAUGGGACACCUGAGGGACCACUGAUACGCAAUCCUGGAAACCAUGACAAAACCAAAACCCCGAGGCUCCCAUCUUCAGCAGAUGUGGAAUUCUGUCUGAAUUUACCCCAAUAUGAAUCUGGCUCCAUGGAUAGAACUGCCAAUUUCAGCUUUAGAAACACAUUGGAAG